AUCGACAUUGCCAUCCAAGCAUUCCAUUCUGAGGACCCGGGGAAGGAUGACACAACACACUAUGAUCUUGAUGAUGAGGGUGAUGGGAUUGAGGAGAACAACGCGUCACCAAAAGCUGUGGGACAUAACAUUUAUAUCCUGGCACAUCAGUUGUCACAACAUAACCGAGAACUGGCCGACAUGCUGCGGCCUGGAGGAAGUGACCUUUUUGGUGACCAGGCCCUGGAAUACUACCACAACCACACUGCACAGAUUGAG